AACGAAAAAUACAAAAAACAAUCCAACAAAAUGUCCUGCAUAUCGAGCAACUUCAGCUCCUUCUUCCUCAACUCGCUCAACGAUCCUUCAGAGUUUUCCAAGUACUUGAGCAAUGGCGAGCUCAAAUGCACUAAUUUCGAGGAAUUUCAAGUGUUUGGCUGCGGCGCAGGCGCGCCGACGCAACAGCAGCAGCAGCAGCAGCUACAGCAACAACAACAUUAUCAGCAGUAUUCCCACACACAUUUACCCAAUGGCAGCCCGGCGGCAACGGCAGGAGCGGAUUUUCCCAAUUACGAGCCAACGCAGACGUCGCACCGGGAAAAUUCCUCCUCCGCUAACUCAGGUAGCUCUGUUAAUCCCGCACACUACGCUUCCGCCGCUGCCUCGGCCUCUGCCGGCGUCGAAGCCAGCGUAGCCGCGGCGCCGACGUCGAGUGGUGGCGCAGCAGCAGGAUCCACCCCCCUCACCGCCACCCCGCCGAGCAAUCGCUGGCCCACGGCGGUGGCCACGCCCAAUGGCCAUCAAGCCACCGCCUCGGCGGCAGGAUCAGUGCCCCAGCACUUCGAUGGAUCCUUUGAGUUUAUCAAAUAUCUGCGUCACUCCACGGACUUUACACCCAGUUCGGCGAGCAGCGCCAGCGAAAGCAUCGCCUGCCCGGAAAAGUCAGUUGUCAGUGGAAAGCCGGGAAUCCCGGCAGGCACCACACCACCCCCGCCUGCCCAAUCGCCCGUGGCCAGUGGUCUAAUCGAUCUGGAUACCAGCACCUCGCAGAAAUCACGCUCAGCUUCCCGCAAAGUGGCCGCUUUGUUGUCUUCCGUUUCGCGGGCUUCCAACAGUCUGGUGGACACCAGCUCCUCCGCCCUCGAUGUCUUCGAUCACGACUCGAAGCAGACGAUCUUCGAUCUGCAACACAUGGCCUCCAACGGGUCUUCCAAUUCGAAUGAAUCCUCGCUGGAGAUGCUAGCAUUUCCCAAUUCGCACCUCAAUGCCUCCAAUUCGAACACCUCAUCCGAAGGAGCGGCCUGCGGAAGUGCGGGCGAGUUUGGGGGGCUGCUAACCGGCGCCAGCUGUUCCUCCUCGACGGCCUCGUCAUCCUCGCAUGCCCCCAAACUCCUCGGUAGCUUUGUGAUCAAGGAGAACUUCGAGGUCCAUCCGUCGCACAAAGUGGAGGAGGGCAUCUUCCAGCAUAUGAACAAGCUGCCCUCGAAGAAGAAGGAUACGCUGAAGCAACUGGGCGUCCGGUUCACCGGACAAAUGACGCUGACGGACAAAUCGAUUGUGGUGGAGAACUUCAUCAAGUUCUGCGAGGAAUACGAUAUCAAGGACCACAGGCCAUGGCUGUCGCUGAAUCAGUGCGGUCUGAAUAAGCCCGAGCAGAUCAAAUUCGCUCGAUAUCUGGGCCAGGGACUGCCGACGUUCACGCUCUUCUGCAUUUAUAGCAAUUUUAAGAAUCUGUUCUGCACCAAACGCACGGAAAUCUACACGAAGGACGGCUACAAUCUGCCUUACAUACUCGACAAAACCAAGCGCUUCCUGGCCAACACAACAGCUGACCUCAAGAACAUGGCGGCGGCCAACGAUGGCUCCCUGGAGUUCGCCAGCGGCAGCGGCGGCAGCAGCAGCAGCAACAGCAACACGAGCAGCAGCAACGCGAACAUCGGGAGCAACAGCAACAGCAGCAGCAGCGGCAGCAGCAAUGCGGUGUCUGGAUCAGGGAUUAAUCCGAAUACGGUGGCCAUGCCAACGGGCUAUGUGACACCUUCGACGGCGCAGCAGCAGCAGCAGCACCAGAUGGCCAUGGAUCCGCGCUAUGGAUGUGCGGCUCCUCCGGCUCUUCUGCCUCCGCCACCGAUGCCUGCUCUGGGUCCUCCGCCGCGAUCCCUGGAGCAGCUCAUCAUCUACGAGAACUUCGACGUGCACGAAACGCACAGGAUUGAGGACGGGGUUUGCACUCACAUUAGCCGCCUGCCGCCCAAGAAGCAGGAGCUAUUGAAACAGUUCGGUAUACAGAGUAGUAGCCAGCAUUGUCUGAGCAAUUAUGAAAAGUACAUACUCAUCGAAAACUUCAUCAAGUUUUGCAAUGAAUAUCAGAUAUCCGAUCAUCGACCCUUUUUGGACUUCCACGAGAGCGCUUUAUCCAAAUGUGAGCAACUUAAAUUUGUACGAUAUCUGGGCCAGGGGCUAUCCAAUCUGACGCUAAACAAAAUCUAUGUGGCCUUCAAGGAGCUGCUGGGCAAUGGAAGGCCCGAAAAAGCUGGAAUGGAGGGCUAUAAUUUGGAUAAUCUUUUAAAGAAGAAACGAAAGAAUCUGUAUAAUCGCAUGCAUGCCGCAGCCCCCAGCAUUGAUUUAACUGCCUACGAAUCGGCCCAGCAUAAUCCCCAAGCACACCUGGCCACGCCACGCCCCCAUCACGCCUUCGCCGCCCUAAAUGCGGCGACGCAACGCAGCGAAGUAUGCAACGAAUUGACACACACGGGUUUGCAGUACAGUUACGCCGGACCCCGGUAAAAGCUUAUAGCCCCAUCCAAAGGAAAUGCAAUCCUCAUCGCCAGAUGAGAACCGAACCCUUAUACAUAUACAUAUACUUCUUCCUGGAACUGGACCAGUAACUGUUGUGUCUUCGAAACAUAAAAAGAAAAACAUUGAAAACUAAGUGCUAAAUUAAAAGGGGGGACAAAAUCAGGGGUCCCCGGAUGGAAAAUGAAAAUACCAGAGACACUAGUAAAAUUAGCCUAAAUGUUAACAAAAUUAAACUUAAAUCGAAUGAAAUUCAAUUAAGCCAACCAGAAAUCAACACGCAACAGGCAGGAGAAAGAUUAGUUUAAGCCAAAAAACCAGAUAUUUAUACGCCAGGUAACCAUAUACAACAUAUACAUAUUACGAGUAUAUAUACACAUAAAUAUAUUUCUGUAGUUGCCAUAGCGCUUAGGGUGCAGCACACUUCCACAUGGCCAAAUCCUGGCCAGAACUAUACAAACAUAUUAGCUUCGGUUUCCUUCCAGCCAUAUCCCAUAUCCCAGAUAAAAGAAAGCCCAAAGAUUCCCAUUCCCCCAUGAGCCGCAAAUUAGUAGUAGCCUCUAGUUGAUAAGCGAAAAAACACCAAAAUUAAUGAAAAACACUAAAUCAAAGACCUCCCAAUGAAAGUUCCCUAAAUACGCAUACUAAGUAACUAACUGUAGAGCCUAGUUGUUAAGACGAAAGACAAAUUUUUAGCAUAGAACUGGCGAGCGGCACAGACGAUUAACAAACUAAAUAUUCCUAUAUACAAUAUACAUAUUAUAUACAACAAGCAGCAUCAAAUUCAAAGUGGAUAUACGCAAAAAUCAAAUGCAAAGAGGCAGAAAUACAACCAAAACAUAGCAAUUGUAAAUGAUAUAUACCAAAUAUAUUCUAUACGAGCAAACACA